AUGAUAAAAGCACGUUUUUAUUUCACACUAACGAGGUCACAUAUUUGUGCAGAAGCAUUAACAAAUAACAUUUUAAAUACACAAUGUGCUGCAACUCUUCACACAAGACAGGGUUAUACAGCAUGGGCAGGAUAUAAUUUAAAUGCUGCUGAAUGCAAUUCAUACGAUAUAUUUAAUGGUGUAUGUUCGUCUGGAAGUUGUUGUUCAGAUUUAUAUCCUGAUUCUGUUUGUUGUCCCGUACCUGAUCCUAAAAAACAAGGAUGUUGUCCUUCUACACAUACAGUCUGUUGUCCGGCAUCUUAUCUAGAUUAUUGUUAUUCUUCAGGAUAUCCCGUAUGUUGUGGCUACGGUUGUUGUCCAUCAGGAACAUAUUGCUGUGGAAAUAAUCAAUGUUGUCGUCAGAUCAGUAGUAAUGGUAAAGCAUUGAACCAAGUUGUUACACAAGCUACAUUGAAUGCUAAACAUUUAAUUUGA